UUGUCUCCUUGCUCUUCGUCUCUGUUCUGUACUCUGUAGUCUGUACAUUAUUUAAACCUGAUGAUCUCUUGCUAACAUUAAUCCUUUGUCAGUCUGGAGUCUCCUAACCAGGUUGAUUUCCUUUGUGUGGCUCUUUUCGUUUUCCAUGUGAUAUGAGACUGAGGUAGUGUGUUUAUGUGUUUAGUAUUAGAUCUGGUCUCCAGACUCCAAGUAAUGCUUCAAGAUCUGAGGAUUAUCCGCGUUCAAUCUCUCUCACUUUCUCUUUCUGUCUUGACUGUCUCUUUCUCUUCUGAAUUAGUUCUUUUUGUUAAUCUAAGAUCUGUUUGUUCCGCUUCCAUGAAUAGAUUGUAGAGCUUGAUUGCUUCCUCCCCAGAAAGAACUAGGAAAAAAGAUCCGUUAGGUUCGAUUUCUCUCUAUUACUCUUUAUUUACUGGUUUUGACUACUUUGUCUUCCGUUGGACUUGAAUGUCUCUGAGUUUUGAAGGCUCAACUGUGAACAUCCGUCGAUAAAUCGGUAUUCCUCCAGUUUUGUGUUUUUUUUUUCUGCAAAAUUACGGGAGGCGCCAUUGUUUCAAUUUGGGGUUACAUGCUUCAUAGUAGAACGACCAAAAUGUCCAUUAGUUCAGUGGUAUUUUGAUGAAUGAUGACAGAAGGAGCAGCCUCGCUGCUCGUCUCUUCAGAGAGCAGAGGAGGGGAAUCGCAUCCAUUGAUCUCUUUUCCUUCUAGUGUGGGCAUUAUGUGCCUUGUCCAGCUCCAAACCGUCGGAUGAUCCUUAAAUUUCAUACUUAACAGAUUCAAAUUUCAAUCUAACGAACAAAAUACGGGGACGUGACCUGUUUGCCCUUCUUCCUCAACCGCCGCAGAUAGCGUUUUGACGUGCAGAUAUGCCGAGGUCGAGAGGGUCGGAGUUGCCUCAAAGGCAAUCUACUAGGGCCCCACUGCAUCUUAGAACGUCAGGUCAUGAGUCUGAUAAUCUCCACCAUCGACCCACUGUCGAUCGAAGUCCAAAGGUGGGAGAACGUCGAUCUCCGCGAGGGGCUCAUUCUGAUCCUUUGCAUCAAAAGAAGCUUGGGACCCGCAUUACCGAUUUGGAAUCUCAAUUGGGUCAGGCCCAAGAGGAGCUGAAAAAGCUGAAAGAGCAGUUGGUUUUUGCGGAAGCUGCUAAGAAAGAAGCUCAGGAAGAGCUGGAGAAGAAGACCAAGGAGCCAGCCGCAGAGGAGGCCACUAAGGAGGUAGAACACCUUCCUCCUCCAGGGGAAACCCGUGAAUCCAAUGAGAAAACCAGCUCAGAUGGAAAUCCGGAUGAAUCGCCGGAAGAGAGCUUUCCAGAAACCGAUGUUUUCGAAGUUCUGGUGGAAACCGUUCCAUCUAAGCCCAAGAGGCCGACACACACGACCGAGCAGCAAGAGAAUGAGACCAAGCCAAUAGAGAAAUGCGCUGAAGCAGUAACAGUUUUGGACCCUGUGAAACCAGCGUUGGAUAACUCGGCUGUGAUGAAUGACGAGAUCAAUUUGCUGAAAGAGAAGUUGGCAGAGAAGGAAAAGCAAUUGGAGAUGAUUCGGGAAGAGAACGAGCUCUUGAAAAAGAAGGUAAAGGAAGCAGCGGUGGAGUCUGCUUCUUUUCUAGUUAUGGAGGAAGAAUCCGCUCUGAAGCUCACCAAAAUGGGGCAGGAGCUGGAAGAGAGCAAGGCGAAUGUGGCUCGACUGAAGCAGCAACUAGAGACGGUGGAGGGAGCAAAGGUGGCAUUAGAGACAGAGAUGAAGAAGCUGAGGGUGCAGACAGAGCAGUGGAGGAAGGCAGCUGAUGCAGCAGCGGCGGUGCUGGCCGGCGGAAUGGAGAUGAACGGGAGGGUGGCAGGAAGGUGUGGCUCAAUGGACAAGCACCUGAGCAGCGGUGGCCUUGAAACGGCUGGUGGUGGGUACACCGGAUUCGUGGGAUCACCAUUGUUGGGUGAUGAAUCAGACGAUGGGUUUGGAGGUGGUAAGAGGAAAGGCACUGGUAUUCGGAUGUUCGGAGAUUUGUGGAAGAGGAAGGGCCAGAAAUAAUGGGGGAGAGAAGCUCAACUGGUUAAAUUCAAUUCUCUCUUUUUUUUUUUCUGUAUCUGCACACUGUAAUUUAGACCGGUAUCUCUCUGGUGUGCAGUGUGCUGCUUACUAGCUUUUGUCUAUUUUGGGUUGCGAAAUAGUUACUUACGAUUUCGCAUUCAGUGAUAAUAGGUGCUAUACAUUCUGCUGCUGUUAACUUGUGCAUGGAAUCAUGGAAUUGUUGGUUAAUGA